CUCUUAAACCGUAGCCAUGGAGUGGUCUUUAAUUUGCCCUUAUUAAGCAAAACUCCCAAGUAACGAUGUUGUCAGUCAACCGCUUAGAUUUGUAGCAACAUGACAUUGUUUUUUUCUUUAAUUACCACAACCAAAAAAGAAUUCAUAACCAAAAAUUCCAUUUUAACGAUUGCUUGGAUGAACACGUGCUUUAUCAAAAUGUUUUGACUCGGUUAGUUUACGUCUAUAAUGCAUAAAAACAAUAAACCGCAAAAAACAGUUACAUAAAUGACUUGAUAAUAAAAGAAAAUACCUUAAAAAAAGAAAUGAAGAGGCCUUGAUUGAAUAAGGACCGACACUAGCCAGUUCCUCUGCGUAUUGUCACGUAAUGUCAAUUCUUUUUCGUACGUACGUGGUGAGAAAUCGUACACGCCUCCGAUUUUUAACAUAUCGAGACAGGAAUUUGCCAAAUCAAUUAUGUCUUUAUUUUUCAAUUUUCUGUUUUUUGAUUUGAACAAAGUUUCACACAGUAAACAGUUUAAACAGUUUUCAGUUCUUAUACAUUCUAAAAGGAGCACCCUUGUGACAACCAAAUUUAAUAGUGUGCUUUUUUGCUAUUGUCUCUACUAUGCUCUACUACCAAAAAAGCCUUUAGUCAAUUUCUAUUGCAUAUGUGCAGAGCUGGAGACGAAGUUGAUUAUUGGCAGAAGGAAAUGAUGGAAUUCUUAUGUCUCCUUCUACAAAAAAAUAAUGGAUAGUCAGUAAACACUAGAGUAUGGAGAGACGAAAUACACAAUAUUGACAAGUAAAAAGGUGUAAAUGCGCAAAUCGUGACCGUGUUCACGCUUUUAGUAAGGGGCAUUUGUUUUUUAUUUACAAGAAUUUGAGCAAUGACUUAAAACGACCAUAAUGGUGUUCUCCCAGCUUGCUCUCUUGCGGUACAAAAAGAAGGCCGGAAGUGACGAUUCUGUUUUGAUCUUUACUAUGUCGGCUGGCUUUAUUUGUCAUUUACCUGAGUGCUAUGGAGGAACGAGUGGAUUCUUGAUAAAAGAGUGUCCACACUGCCUGUUGAGCCAACAUGACCUGCGUGAAGUUAAUUUGUAUAUAGCUACCUCUGUUUCAAGUCUCAUUUUUGUCAAUCAACGUCGUUCCCAUGGUUUUAGUUUAUAUUCCGGUAUAAAUGCGAAGCAGAAAAAUGUAGCACUGAGUACCGCAGCACAGUCCCUUAUCGAAAUAACAUUCGGACGUAACAACGGUAAUUUGGAGGACCGCUGAAAAGGUAAAAGGUAAAUUUUGUUGCGUGUUGAAGAUUUUUCGUGGAUUGUUUGGUUUAUUUUUUACAAAUUUACUGACUUCCUGACUCGGCUUUCGUCUUUAAAGUGAGUUGGUCUGGUGACGCUAACCAAUUAUAUUUUUGAGGGUGGCCUUAUCAUGGCAAUAGCAUGGCUAAAACAUGGUGCAUAGUAUAGUCACUGCUAUUAAUGUCCAAAUUGAAACAAGUUUGUUGCAAAGAUUUAUAAACCUUUUUAAAUGUUUAAAUUUUCUGCAGUAAGCCUUUCUGGAUUUAACAAAUGUGUUGCAUGCAGUAAAAUGCGGAAGCUAGCUGUAGAAAGGUCUUUUUCAGCCCAUUUCUUUCUACAGAAACAUUUUGAGGCUUUAAACUAUCAUUGAGUGUAGAUGGAUAAGUUCUGAUUAACAUAUAUUUAUAUAAAGUGGUAAUAAUACCUUUGUGCAAAGAAAUAGACUGAAAAGGACCUUACUUCACCUAGCGCCUGCAUCUUUUUGCUUUUGUAUUUGAUCAUGGCAUGUGAUAAAUGUGAUUCAGAGUAAAAAACAUCCAUACAUAUAACAAGUGUUAUAACAAGUUACCAACGCUUUUGAGGUUUAAUAAUAGGUCAACAGAAAGUUUUAAUGAAUUCAUUUAAUAUUUGUUAUAAUACUAAAUGUGCCAACUUAAUAUAUAUUAUAUAUAUAC